AUGACAAGACCAAUUUUAAUUUCUUACCCAGUUUCAAUAUUAUAUAAUAAAUUCAAUAUUCAUAAUGGAUUAAAUACAAUUCUUGAGAUGAUUUACCCCAUUGGUUCAAUAUAUACAUCAAUGAAUUCAACAAAUCCAGCUGAUGUAUUCGGUUUCGGUACAUGGCAACAAAUAACCGAUCGUUUCCUCUACUGUGCUAAUAGUGAUUACUGGCAGGGUAAAUAUUGGUACGGUAAUAAAAAUAGAUGGAAUGAAGGAUAUACUUCAAACGGUUCGGGUACACAUUCACAUAAUGUUUCAGGAUAUACACAAACGACAGGAAAAGGUACAGAUUACAUGCCACCUUAUAUGACAGUUUAUGCAUGGUUUCGCGUUCAAUGA